UUUUGAGGGUUUGGAAUGGAGAACAUUUAUAGCUUCAGGAACGAAGAUGUUCGACUGGAAUUGCCUCCGGGAUUUCGAUUCCACCCAACCGAUGAAGAGUUGAUAACUCACUACCUUUCCAAGAAGGUUCUCAACAGCUUAUACUCUUGUAUCGCCAUUGGUGAGGUUGAUUUGAACAAGUGUGAGCCUUGGGAUUUGCCUUGGAGAGCCAAAAUGGGGGAGAAAGAGUGGUAUUUUUUCUGCUUUAGGGACCGGAAAUAUCCGACUGGACUGAGAACAAACAGGGCGACCGAUGCCGGUUACUGGAAAGCCACAGGCAAAGAUAAAGACAUUUUCAAAGGGAAAUCACUUGUUGGGAUGAAGAAAACUUUGGUUUUCUACAAAGGGAGAGCACCCAAAGGUGGAAAAACCAAUUGGGUCAUGCAUGAAUUUCGUUUGGAAGGCCAAUUUUCCAUUUUCAAUCUCCCCAAAACAGCCAAGAACGACUGGGUUAUUUGUAGAGUAUUCCAAAAGAGUCCCAACGGAAAGAAAAUACACAUUUCAGGUUUGCCUUCAUUAGUGGACUCCUCACCGCCUCGCAACAGCGAAACCAGAGCCGUCGUCAUCGGCGAGACGUCAAACGUGACCUGCUUCUCCGACCCGAUGGACGACUGUAAAGCACUGGAUGAAAUGAUUGAUAGCUUCGACGCUUGCCUCCUACCUUCUUCAUCAUCCUCUGCAAAUUCUCUGCACAACUCCUCAUAUAUCACCACCAAGGCCAACCAAACCAACCCGAACAUCGGAAACUUGCAGUAUCCGGAUUAUUUUUGGGUUCAAGAUCAGUCUGUAUUGAGGAUUCUAAUCCAAAGUCGUGAUUCGAAGCCAGAUAUUUCCCAGGAUUCAGCCGAAAUGAUUCAAGAUCCUUCAUGUGCUGCAGGACCGGUAGGCCUGGGUAAUUGCUUCUGGGAUUAUUGAAUUUGAAGAUUGGAAGAGUUUCAAGAUUCAAGAAUCUUACUGUCAUAUAGAUUUGUGUGUGAAUAGAUUGAUUUCUCAACAUCAGUAGGAAAGUAAAGAAGAAUGUGUUGUGUGUAGUUAA